AGGCCGCCGCCCAACACCAUGUGGUCUGAAGAUGAGCGACCUCGUCCAAAAGACAGCUCCACCACCUCGUUGCACUCCGACUCUUCCCAGGAAUCACAGCCGCGAUCCUCCUCAGAGCGACCUCGCCCAUACUCGAAUUAUCUGUGGCCCGGCGCCGAACAAGCACAGAACUGUCGCUCUCCGCUAGAUCCGCUGAGCCCAGACGUCCACGAUCGCGUCUUCNCCAUUCGCUCCGUCGUCUCCGUCGACCCCAACGCCACUCCGUCGCAUCGCUCCGACACCAGCAACAAUGGCUAUUUCACUCAGGCGCCUCAACAGAGCAGGAGGUUUUCUGUCACCAGCGACUCGGAUCACAAAAGCCAUAACGGUACAUCAAAGAACCGGGCCCCUGGCUCCUCUGAAAGUCGCCAAAGCAAACCGCAAGAGCGCCAACCUUCAAUCAGUGCGAACCAGAAGCAGCGGCAUUCGGCACAACUGUUCAACGAGCUCGCUUCUAGCAGAAACGACAGCGACAACCGCUCCACCGACUCCCGGAGCACCCGCCCACGUUCGUCAGAUCGCGCUCCAUCAUUAAAGAGUACCGGUGGUCAGGAUGAAACAGGCACGGGGCUAAUAACUGCUCGCUUCAAGCACGUAGUGUCCGAAGGCGGUCACGCUAUCAUCACUGGCAGGGACGGAGACACAUUACAGCGCUGCGAAGACGAACCUAUCCAUAUCCCCGGUGCUGUGCAGAGUUUUGGAUUGCUGAUUGCAUUUGAAGAAGAAACCGAGGGAAAGCUAAUUGUAAGAGUCGUCAGCGAAAACUCUAAGAGGCUUAUUGGCUACACCCCAAAGCAAUUGUUUGCCCUCGACAGUUUCACCGACAUUCUAUCCGAAGAUCAGACAGACAACCUCCUGGAUCACGUCGAUUUCAUUAGGGACGAAGAGGCUGAUGUAGAGAUUGCAAGCAAGCCGUUACGAGUGCUACGGAGUGCCAGAAAGCGCAAGGGAGAGGCUGCCGCCAUGGAAGUCUUCAAUGUCAUGUCGCAAGUUCAAGAGCAGCUUGCAGCCGCUCCCAGCCUGGACAAGUUUCUCAAAAUCCUUGUUGGUGUCGUGAAAGAGCUCACCGGCUUUCAUCGUGUCAUGGUGUACCAGUUUGAUGCUUCAUGGAAUGGCCGCGUCGUGACUGAGCUGGUCGAUCCCAGAGCAACCAAGGAUCUCUACAAAGGACUGAACUUCCCUGCUUCCGACAUUCCCAAGCAAGCAAGAGAGCUCUACAAGGUUAACAAGGUCCGCAUGCUGUACGAUCGCGAACACGAAACUGCUCGUCUGGUCUGCCGCACUGUCGAAGAUCUUGAAAAACCUCUGGACAUGACAUACUCCUACCUCCGAGCCAUGUCUCCCAUUCACAUCAAAUAUCUGGCCAACAUGGCCGUACGUUCAUCCAUGUCCAUCUCUAUUAAUGCCUUUGAUGAACUCUGGNGGUUGAUCUCUUGCCAUGCCUACGGAUCAAGGGGAACUCGCGUGUCUUUUCCUAUCAGAAAGAUGUGUAGACUCGUUGGCGAGACUGCUUCUCGAAACAUAGAACGACUUUCAUAUGCCUCACGCCUUCAUGCUCGCAAACUUAUCAACACUGUGCCGACGUCGAAGAACCCGUCGGGAUAUAUCAUUGCUUCAUCAGAAGAUCUUUUGAAACUGUUCGAUGCUGAUUUUGGCAUGCUUUCCAUCAGAGACGAGACCAAGGUUCUCGGACACGUCGAUGAAACACAAGAAGCCUUAGCCAUGCUCGAGUAUCUGAGAAUGCGCAAGCUGACUUCGGUCACUGCCACACAAGAUUUGAAGGAGGAAUUCCCUGAUCUACGCUAUCCACCUGGCUUUCACCAUAUUGCUGGUCUACUCGUUGUUCCCCUUUCCGCCGGAGGUAAUGACUUUAUUGUUUUCUUCCGCAGAGGCCAGCUCCGAGAAGUGAAGUGGGCAGGCAAUCCUUACGAGAAGUUCGUAAAAGAAGGUACCGAGGGGUAUCUUGAGCCGAGAAAAAGUUUCAAGACUUGGAGUGAGACCGUCGUCGGAAAAUGUCGCGACUGGACCGAGGAGGAGAUCGAAACAGCUGCCGUCCUCUGCCUUGUCUACGGCAAAUUCAUUGAGGUCUGGCGGCAAAAGGAGGCUGCACUGAAAAACAGUCAGUUAACACGCUUACUCCUAGCCAACUCGGCGCACGAGGUUCGAACACCACUCAAUGCUAUCAUCAAUUAUCUGGAAAUAGCUCUGGAGGGCAGUCUGGACGAUGACACGCGAGAGAAUUUGUCCAAAUCACAUUCUGCGUCCAAGUCGCUAAUCUACGUUAUCAACGAUCUACUGGACCUCACCAAGACCGAAGAAGGCGGCAGUCUCACUAAGGAAGAGCCAUUCAACUUGUCUGCUACUUUGAAGGAUGCCACGGAUCAGUUUGCUGGUGACGCGCGUCGCAAGCAUCUCAGCUACGACGUGGUUGAACACCCUGGCCUCCCUGCCACAGUCAUUGGAGACCAGAGGAAGGUCCGUCAAGCUAUAUCAAACGUUACAGCCAAUGCCAUUCAGAACACCAAGAGCGGCGGAAUUAGCAUUGAGAUGUACGUGCUUUCUAGAGAAGAUAACCAUGUUGAGGUCGAGAUCACUAUCACCGAUACCGGCUGCGGCAUGAACAGUAAGAAGUUGGACAGCCUUUUCAGGGAACUCGAGCAAGUGCAGAGUGAAGUGCACGACAUGUUGGAUGACGAACCAGCUUUCAAUUCCAAGCAAGUUGAGUCAGGGUCAGAUGAGAAUCGCACCAUAGGCCUCGGUCUGGCCGUGGUCGCGCGUAUUGUUCGAAACAUGAACGGACAACUACGACUCAAGUCGGUUGAGAACAAGGGUUCACGCUUCACUUUACAACUGCCCUUCGAUCUACCCCCCAAUGGACAGAAAACGCUCGCAGGCUCCAUGUCAGAAGGAUCUCAACACUCCACAAUCAUUAGCGCUGGCAAUGAGGGCGAGAUCACUCUUGUCGAACGUGGAAGUCAUAGACGUAAUUCGACCGAACAUUCUCUAUCUCGCACGACGAGCAACGAGAGUUUACACAGCAGGCGCAGUCUACCCAGCAUGAAAUCUGGGCGUAGUCACGCGAGCGAAGACUCAACCCGUAGUGAGGCUGACAGACUCAUUGAUGCAAUCUCAUCACCAGUCGAUAAUAAGCGGGGUGCUCCCUCCCGUGGAAAAAGCUCUAGCAGCUUACAAAGACCUGCAUUGGGAUCCCGACAUAACACGACAUCAGCACUUUCAAGCAGCAGUCAAACACAACGACCUCGAUCCAUGAGUCACGAAACAAAUCCACAGGAAUUGACUACUGAAGUAAUCAAAGACCCGCCUGGUAGAUCAAGUAUCGUGGAUCAGGGACGACCUGUCAAAGCUGUACGCGUGCCAGAGGAGACAGAUGAUGUCCCUGCCGCAGCUCAAGAUCAGCCACAAGAAGCAUCGCGCGUUCUUGGCAUCCAUCAGCAGGAGCCUCCGGAGAACACAGAUGAAGCGCCUACAGCAGAUCACAUGCGUGUAUUGGUUGCCGAGGACGAUCCGGUCAACAGUAGGAUCAUCAAGAAACGACUUGAGAAGAUGGGCCACGAAAUAUAUCUCACGUCCAACGGUGAGGAAUGUUCCAGCACCCACGGAGACAAGAGCGGCUGGUUUGAUGUUGUCUUGAUGGACAUGCAGAUGCCCAUUGUCGAUGGACUCACAGCCGCUAAGGUUAUUCGAUCGUUCGAGAAAUCACAUCCUACACAUCUACUCUCGACUCGAGCAGCUUACAAUGGCCGCAUCCCCAUCAUCGCAGUUUCUGCGUCGCUGCUCGAGAGAGAGAUUCAACAGUACAUCGACGCUGGCUUUGAUGGCUGGAUCUUGAAACCCAUCUCUUUCCCUCGACUACAAGAGAUCAUGACUGGAAUCGUCGACAAGCAAGUUCGCCACAAGAACAUCUAUGUCAAAGGCGAAUGGGAAAGAGGUGGUUGGUUCGAAGGAUCCCAGUCUGAUGUUUGGGAAGCGAACACCAAACCCGACGACGACAAGAUCGCAAUGUCUGGACCGAGCGACGCUGUACAAAAAGAAGCUGCCAGCGAUGACCCGCAAGAGAAGGGCGAUGACGAAGACGACAGCAGACAGACCCAGGAGCAGCACAGAAUCGCCGCCGUUCAAGACCACGAUGCAGGGAUCGAGCCGCCUCCGGAACAACAGGACCAAGGACCAGAAGACCCCGACGUGAAUGGUGAACCACACGAUUUCUCUUGA